UUCCCCUUGGCUCUGACUAGCUCCAGCAACAGGCCCCCUCUCAGUAGCCCAUCACAACAACCAUUUCUUUACACCGUCGCCAUCAUCACAUAUCCCACGGACACAUCUUCGACACAUCGUGACUAGCUAGCUCUCUAACCCCACGCCGCUGCGCUUCCAUGCCUGCGAGCGGCUCCUCGCCCAACAAGGCUCUCGGAUCCGUACGCGCCCCUUCCCGCGAGGGGAGUGAUGGCACUAUCAGCAAUGGGCGUACCAUCUCUCCGACGCUCAUCCGCGAUGCCACGGCAGUAGAGACCAUCAGCAGCACCAUCUCGGCGCUUUCCAGACAUGCCUCUACUGGACUCCAGACUCUCUCGACCGCGGCUGCCGCCCAUGACCCCCUGGCCAAGUACAAGGCGACCCGCCAGAAAGAUUCCGAGGCCAUGUCCAGCUCUCCCAGCCCCAUCUUUGCCGCAAUGGGAGGCAAUGCUGAUCCGGCGCUCCAGCAGAGGCCAGCUGACCUUUUCGAGGGAGCCUUGGGCGCUCAUGAUCUACUCGGUCAGACUGAGCAUAUCAGCUGGACAGGAUGGGACACAUUGCCUACCGGUGUAGAGGUAGGAUCACUUUCUCGACAGGCCCUCCUCAUUGCUUAUGCCUCUGGAGGCCUACAGAUCUUCACACACACCGGUAGCACUGGCCAAAGCGGCGAUCAGGAUCUGCGUGAGAUCUUUAAUUUCCAGCAAUUCCUGCUACCAAAAGACCGGAUAGCAGGCAGAGUCCUGGCAGCUAAGCUUCACACUUCGAAUGGCUGUCGCCCCUGCCUGCUCUUGGUCACACUCGAGGGACAUGAUACGUUGAUCGUCUCUCGAUGCUCCUUGACCUCUCAGAUGGUGACGCAGAGCACGACGCUGCCUCGGGUGGGACAAGUCUCUGCACACGCGUCGUAUAUGAGCUCUGCCAUCCAGGUUGCCAAAGGACGGGUGGUAGUGGGUCAGUCUCAUCCUCCCGCUCUCCACGUCCUGGAUGCAACUACGCUCAACAGCGUGCUUGAACCAAUCGUGGACGUCUCAAGCUCAUCCUUGAAUAGCGACACUGUUCCUGCUUUUCAUCUGUCUGGAAGAAUGCUAGCCUAUGCGAGUACUGUUCUUGACAAGAGCCACAACGUGGUGUCCUUCAACUCAGUAGGACGCCAUGGCGACUCUUCUGCCCGUGGCUCGUCCUCACGCAUACCCAGCGACGCCGGCUACACGACCUCCGAGCAGAUGAGACUCUCUGCGCUCGAGGCAGGAGCUCAGGCAAGUGACAUAGCAAAGCGAGUGGGUGGCGGCUUGAUGGCAGGCGCCAAGAACCUCGGGGACUGGGGCUCUUCGUAUCUAUCGGCGGUCGCUGGCAGUUCAUCUUCACAGCACCAACAGCAACAAGAAACUUCCCCAACACUUCAUGAGCAUACAAGCCCCUCUCCCCUGCUUCGAUCACCGCGCGACUCGCCGAGCCUCGUCUCGCCACGGCUCACAGGCGAAAUGAGUGGGAAGGCAGGCCCUUCCUCGAACGCACGCAGUGACACGAAGACCGCUGCAACUGUGAAGAUACUUGAUCUGUUCACUGCAGAGGACACUGAUCACUCGUCUGUCCACCUGGCCGCCAGCUUCCGCCCCGGCUCAGCGAACAUCGCUGCAGUCAAGCUCGAUCCCACGAGCUCGAAUGUCUUCGUGGCAGACUCCAUUGGCCACGCUUUCAACAUCUUCGAGGUUCGCCCACGGCCUCGAGGCUUGCCUUCGGGCGGCCUUCCUCCGCCGGCCAUCCACCGCUGCAAGCUCCUUCGUGGAGUCACUACGGCGCAAGUCUGCGAUGCCAAGUGGACGCCAAAUGGACAGUGGCUCGGAGUCUUGACUUACACGGGCACUGUUCACGUGUACAAACUCGGAGCCCUUUCCGGUCCGAGAGCUAUGCCUUUCGGCUCUACUCUGACUAGCUUUGCUAGGACGCCUCGGCCAAAGCAGACAUCAGCUUCGAUGGCAACAGCUGCUGAGGGUAGCCAGACUGGUGUGACUCAAGUCCCCUCGCUUGAUGUGACUCCCCUCCAGAUCCUAGCAUCUCCAGCCUUCCUCUUUGCCAAGGCCGGAGCCUCGGUACUCCAGGGCAUCGACGUCCUUUGCUUUCAUCCGGCAGUGGCUGCUCUGUCUCUCAGCAGGGUGACAGUCGCACAGGCAUCCCUGGCAGAGACCAUUGCAUCUUCAGCGUCCGACGCUACAAAUCGAGUGUCGGGCCUGACCGUGAUGAUGAGGCGAGCGACGACGGGAGGCUCUCCUGGCUACAGCGCCGCUUCGGCGCCAAUGUCGAAGAGCGGUAGCCAAGCGCCUCGUGUCCAGCAGCAGCAGAGACGGCGACCUCAUGGAGAAUGCAUUGCUCUUGCCAUCUGGACCGGUUUGGCUCGGACUCAUGACGCUCCCGAGGUGCAGCCCCAACUGGCACCAUCUUCAGCUGUAGAACCGCGUGCGAUGCCAAGCUCAAGCAGAGCACCUCCUAGGGGGUGGGCUUCGAUGGCCGAGAUCGAGACGUACGACCGUACACCUCGAGCGUUGCCAACGUCCAUCUAUUUGUCCCACCAAAUCAAAUUGCGAACAAUCAUCCACCCAACGGAUCUCCCUAUCCGCUCCGAGCCGGUACUGAUCGAUGUACCCCGCUCGAAGGCUCUACCGCUGCAAACUCGUGAGGCAGUGCAGGUUGACAUGGCCUCUGAAGACGAUGCAGGAGGAGGCUCUUUCAGUGGUCUAGCCCUUGCAAUCGCCUCUCCUGCCUUCGACGAGCCCGCCUUCUUUGAUAGCCAAUCUCCUUCACAACGUAUACCCAGCUUCCCACAGGGGCAGGCUGCCCGUCGACCCAGCUGGCGCAAGAGCGUCACCGGCAGUAUGACUACUCCGAUCCGCAUCACUGCAGCAGCUUCCCGCGAUAUUGGCAGGGGCGUAGUCGGCACUCUGCGGAAGCCUAGCACUAAAGCCGGGGGAAUCGGUAGUCUGGCUCGCUCCAGCCCGCGUAGUGUCGGCCUGUCUUUCGACGAAGACAUCUCUCACGAUGCGCACAUCUUUGCCGAUGCCCGCAACGCAGCCCUCUCUCCCAAUGGUGGGCCAAGCUCUCUAGUCUCUGCUGGCGGUCAUUCACCCAAUGGCGGAGCAGGCACAACUUCCACUGGGUCUGGAUCUGCGGAUACGGCUGACACUGCUAUCAGUGAAGCUCUGGAGGAUGAGGUGGAGGGUGAAGACGAGGAGAGAUCCUGGGCUGCUGCGAGGGGUAUGCAAGAGGAUGUGGAAGGGGAUCAUCUCGGCUGGGACUCAUUUGCGGAGUUCAGCGGCAACAAGGGAGCUCGCCGCAAAGAGACUAGCAGUCAUGACGACUUCCUCGUAGGUGGGCUCGCUUUGGACGAAGAGGUGGGCAAUGCAGUCGGAGCAAUGAGACUCAAGGGCACAGCUUCGGCUGGCACGCCCUCGAGCAGCAGCGGCUAUUCUCCUCCUUCUCUGCCGCCUUUUUCGCGCAAGAGCCCCGCCAGUGGCGCAAGCUACCGGAGCGCUGGCUCCUUCACUCCCGGAAGAGGACCUGCGUCCUUCAGCUCAAGCGACGUCAAUGGCGAGGGUGCUCAGAGCGGCUCCGAGGGGAGCAAGCACACGAGCACUACGAUCACCACUGGCAGGACAGUCAGCGGCGGUAGCAGUGGACUGACCACUUCCCCCGUGAUUGACAAGUCUGCAGUGGCUGCUGCUGAGGUCACUACCCUGGUGAAGAGCGGAACGGCGGCGGCGACUGCCACGACGCCCGCCAUCACGAUUCAGAAGCCCUUUUCCCCGCCUGGUGCACUGCCAUCUCCAGCACCGGCUUCACUGGCACUUCCCCCCGUAUCUUCCUCCUCGCUCUCUUCCUCUGGCUCGUCUACUUCUUCGGCACAGAGAAAGGGCAAGAAAAAGUGAUGUAAGAAGAAAGUAGACUCAUGAGUUGUCGUGGAGCCUGUGGCGGACGUUUAGAUUCCAUACUCUUAUGUCGAUGUCUGUUCUUAUUGCACUUCAUGUACCCCAUUCUUAAGAGGCCAUCAGGCGUCGCGUCGUGAGGAAGCGGGAGUGGCGCGGAG